AAUAAUAAGUGUCGACAUCGAUCUGACCUGUUGGUGUACGGUGGGAAUUCCUAGGCCACUUCUGAGUGUUCAUUGCAUAGAGCGUGGCGAAUAUUAUACUUUGCAUCAGGCCUGUUUAUCAAUAAUUCAUAUUCACAGCUAGACUGUCGCAUGCUGCUGCUGCUGGCUGGUUGUCAGGGUACACAGUACGACUGUUGCAACCUGGCGUUUCCGACCAACCCUGGAGCUCCCGUUUCUAUUCCUCGUUGACGGCAUUCACGCGCCAUCCCCUUCAGGCACACCUAAAUAAUGAGUACGAAAGAGCCUGCAGGUGCCGUCGGACGGGCACUGGUCGAUUUCACAGUAGAUGGCGCCUUUCCGGAGGAAGAUGUCUCGUCCCUGAAGCUGAGCUCAGAGGAGCUGUCUCCAGCCGUGCAAGCUCUGGCCGAGGCCAAGUCAAAACUCGAGGACGAGAUCCACUCGAUCAACCAAGAGACCGCCCCCGAUGUGUCUUCUUGGAUGGCCAACGCCCAGUCAGUACAAGACGACAUCAACCGUUCCAAACGACUCGCCAACGACAUCGUGCGCCAGGCCGAGGAACCAGUCCUCUCAGGAGCUGCAAUACAGGAGGCAGAAGACAAGUUCGUCUUCCUGCAGUCAGAGAUCGCUUACAACCAGCGCGUGCGGGAGGCGCUAAGGGGCAUAAAAGAUGUCAACCAGAUUCUAGAUCAAGUGGAGAAGGCGCGCGACGAGCGCAGGAUCCUUGAUGCUCUCCGACUACUGGAGCGGUCAUGGGCAGCUCUGGAUGCGCUUCCGGCGGGGCACGGUGUCAGGGUGAGGAGGCUGUUGGACCUCCGCGCCUUUGAGCUCAAAUCCAACGUCCAUGACGUCUUCGAACACGUCUGGAACACCCUGAUGAAGGUGGACAUUACAGCAAGAACCAUAUACUUUUCAGCCGAGGCCGACAACGAAGGCAUGGGACUUUCCGACGCUGUGCUUGGCCUCCAAGCCUACAAGGAAGUCGACCAGCGCAUGUCGCAGUUAUGGCACAACAUGGACCAGGCUGUUGUGGGCCCUCGCAUGGACAUGGACCACCCAGGCGCACCAGGCAUCGUCGUGGAAGGUGACAUACUGCGAGCCGAGGGCCAAGCAGACAAGUCAAUAGACUCAUUGUUCCAAGACUUGGACCGGCUCUUUUCUUACGUUGCGGCAAGGUUGCCCCAAGAAUUGGUCGAUUCGCUGUCUGCCCUGAUGAUGCCAGAAAUCGUGUCUCGGGUCAUUUCAGUGUGGCUAGACUCGGCCGUACCAGCUUCGCUACAAGAAAUGGACAGAUUCGAGGCGAUCAUGGCGUCCGCGAGGCAGUUUUGUGAAAGGCUUGAGGAGUUGAAGUUUUCUGGUUUCAACGAGCUACAAGACUGGGUGGAGAAUGCGCCAAGAGUGUGGCUUGCCAAGUGUAGGGAGACUGCACUCGACACAGUCCGCACCCGCCUGUCAGAGGGACUGGGCUCUCCCAAGAAGGUCGAGAGGAUCGAGAAGCAGAUGGUGUCUCGCGCUGAGGGCCAAGGCCUUGCUGCCGCUCCAGCCACCGCAGCAACCGCCACAGCUGACGAGGACGACUGGGGUGCUGCGUGGGACGAUGAGGCAGACCAGGCCGGCGACCCAGCUGGAGAGCCGGAGAAAGCCACCGACAAGGAAGCAGCAGCGGCUGGGGCUGAGGAAGACGGAGCUGAUGCCUGGGGCUGGGGUGAAGACGGCGAAGAGGGCGGUGAUACUCAACACGCUACUGAAAAACAGCAAAAUCAGCAAAAUAACGCGGAUGCUGAUGACGACGCCGGUGAUGCGUGGGGAUGGGGAGAGGAAGAUGUUCCUCAGGAACAGCCAGAUCGCAGUGCCGCAAGGCGACCUUCAACUGCACCGGCUGCCCCCGAGCAAAGGGAAAUGACACUGAAAGAGACAUAUAACAUUUCGUCCAUGCCGGAGCCGGUUCUACAGCUAAUAUUCUCUAUUCUGGAAGACGGCGCGACCUUGACCCAAGCAGGCAACGAAAGUAGCCCCGUGGCUACAGCCGCAGCAGGUCUAUUUACCCUACCGACCUUGGCCCUGGCCAUGUUCAGAGCUGUUGGGCCAUACUAUUAUGCCCUCGACAUUGGUGGCAACAUGUUUCUCUACAACGACGCAAACUAUCUAGCAGAAAAGUUGGGCGAUUUUGCAGCGGCAUGGAAAAAGCGUGAUAACUUGAGUCCAAGGGCACAAAGCUCGCUGCGUUUAGACAACGACGUCAAGACGCUGCAGAAAUUUGCUGCCCGGGCGUACGGAAACGAGAUGGGCAUCCAGAAGACAGUGUUGAGGGACCUUCUUGGUGGCGAACAAAGCCUGCUUCAACAGGAGGACAUUGAUAGCUUCGUGGAUGCAACUGUGUCCCGCGUGCGAUCCAUGGCCUUAACCUGGGAAACCAUCCUCGCCAGGUCGGCGUGGUAUCAGGCCGUCGGCUCGUUAGUCGACUCCAUCUCCCUGAAGAUCAUUGCAGACGUGAUGGAAGCACCGUCAGUCAGCCAAGAUGACGCAUACAACAUCGCAAAGCUGAUCGCGACCAUCACCGAGCUCGACGACCUGUUCCUCCCAAGCCGCGUCACGGGGAGGCGCCCGGAAAAGCCAGAGGAGGAGAUACCGCAGACGACGCAGUACGCGGCGUCCUGGAUGCGGCUAAAGUACCUUAGUGAGGUGCUGCAGUCCAAUCUGAGAGACGUGCGCUUCCUCUGGAUGGAAAGCGAGCUGAGCCUUUACUUCACGGUGGACGAGGUCGUGGACUUGAUCAACCUCAGCUUUGAGGAUAACGCGAGGACGAGGGAGACGAUCCGGGAGAUCAGGAACAAUCCGCAACCACGGCAGGAUGAGCAAGGCGAAUGGUGAUUGACGAGGCUUGUAUUGUAGCUUGGUACACGUCCUCAGAUACCAAUGCCUUGUAGGACUAGGGGUAUCUAGACCGCGUACCAUAUGUUCGUCAUCUUCCUGGUCUGACAGUACCAUUUCGAAUGCUCCACACACCGCUUUCCUGGUCCUAGGUCAACCGACCUGGGCCCACCACUCCGUAUCAGGUUCCAGCCAAGAGUUUGCGGGCCCAAAUUCCACCAAGUCCCUACGUCUGUCGAUGCUGUGCCCCCGGCGAAGUUGAUGACCUCUAUCUCCGCGAAGGACCGGGUGAUCGCGGGCCGGAGCCAGGAGUUUUCUGCGGUGUUCGCAAAAUCGAUGCCGCCGAGCGACAGAAGAGGUGCGCCCUUGCCCGAGCGACUGGUUCCCACGUAAAACUUCCUGGCGUGAGGCAACUGCAGGUUACCAAUCCUGAUCAUGAUGAGAGAUUUUAGUCCCGUCAUAAAUUCGUCCUGUGCGCCCGCAUAAUCCCUUAUUCCUCUCAUCUGAGAGCCGGUGUGUUAGCCAGCGCCUCAAUAAGUGUGAAUCUUCAUGGCUUCACCAGACCAGCCGUGUAGGCAGAGGACGCCAAGGAAGUCUACUUUGGAGGGAAAAGGGGGGGGGGGUUGCUACUCACGAAGUUCCCACAUGCCACAAGCCUCUGGAUAUUCUCUACAUCUUCUGUGUGUUUCCAACAGCUGAUCGUCAUCGUGGCCACCCACUCCUCCCAAGGCCGGAAGAUUCUGUCGAUGGGACCACCCAUGCCAAAAGAGGUGUGUGUGACGAGCGCGUUCGAUUUUAUCACAACGUCAUCCUGGUCGAAAUUGAUGUACUGCCACACACAACGUCAGUAAAUGACCACGACUAGUUAAGUUUCACAAGCAAAAUACACUGGAAGAAUGUAUCGGUAUACGGUCCACACGGCCUUUCCUCCUGCUGGAAGCCAUCCGAUCAAAGCCAUGGGGCAAACACGUCCAAAGAUGACUUCGAAAAGGAACUCGAGAGGGCGGUGUGGGGCGGGGUGUACUUACCACCGCAGCAGGAAACACCUCACACGCAAACGCAGGCCGCCACACCUUCAGCGCGACGUGGCGCGCCUCGGAGCUCACAGACAACAUGGUCGGCGGGGGCGUCGGCGACGUCCAGAGGGGCCGGCGCCGCCCCGCGAACUUGGGGUCAUCAUAUUUGGCAAAAUCCAUCCAGAAUUUG